AUGAUAUGGUCUACAAAUUCAUCAGGAUCAAUUCAAGAGCCACUUGCAAAAAUGUUAGAUUCUGGAAACUUGGUCUUGAAGGAUGGAGAGAUUAACAUGAUUCUUCUAAUUGCACAUGAGUUUCCAGAGUUGGUGAUUCGCCAAGGGAUUUGGAAUGGCGUCGCUUUUAAUUCCGAUGAUUGGACAUCUUUUACAGGAAUGGCCCUUAGGCCACAACUUUCAGUAACCAAGAAUGAGGUAGUGAAUUGGGAUGAACCUGGAGAUAGAUUGUCAAGGGCCUCAUGGCUGCUUGAUUUGGUUGGGAACUUGGUUGACAUUAGGUUGUUUAUAAGUGAAAAUAGUUUACAACUUGAUCUUUAUGUAAGGUUAGCUGCCUCAGAAAUAGGACAUAGAAACAAGAAUGAAGAACAAGCGUCGCCUCUUUUUGAUAUAGAUACCAUUUUAGCUGCUACAGACAGUUUUUCUAUUGAGAACAAGAUUGGUCAAGGGGGUUUUGGUCCAGUAUACAAGGGUAUAUUGGCUCAAGGGAAAGAAAUAGGUGUGAAAAGGCUAUCAAAAACUUCAAAACAAGGAGUCACAGAGUUCAUGAAUGAAGUUGGAUUGGUAGCCAAGCUACAACGCCGCAAUCUUCGAAUUGAAUCCCAAGAUUCUGAUUUUGGUGUGUCACAUAUCUUGGAAGGAGAUAGUUCAGCUGUAACAACGAAUAAAAUUGUCGGAACAAUUGGUUAUAUGUCUCCUGAAUAUGCGGUAAACGGACUACUGUCCCUCAAGUCAGAUGUAUUUAGUUUUGGAGUUAUAGUGUUAGAGAUGUUGAGUGGCAUCAGAAAUAAUCACUUCAAGAAUCAAGAUCAUCCCCAUAACCUUUUGGGACAGGGGAGAGCAUUGGAAUUCAUGGAUGCUAGCAUCCCAUCUGAAUUACUAAGGUGCCUACAAGUUGGCCUUCUGUGUGUUCAAAAGCUCCCUGAAGACAGACCCGAUAUGUCUUCUGUGGUCUCACACUAG